GUCAUCAGAUAGACAAAGACAUAGAGAUCACAAAGAAUUAGUACAACCAAGCCUUCGUCCACUUCCGGCAUCUUCCUCCUCAUCCACUUUUUCGAGUACCAAGACGGUCUCCAGGAACAACGGUCGCGAGGCAGUGAGAGGAGGGUCUUCUAGCUCUGGCUCUGCUGAUCAGUCAGAUAAUAUUGUCAUGGGUUUACGGAAAAGGCUCAGAGACACGGCCGCUGGUCUGCUAGACUUAAGGCUACAAGAAAUCCAUCUUCACAGGCAUCCUGCUGCCGUUUUCAAAGGGAAAAGGGGGCCCAAGAUGCUGCUAAGCGUGGGCUUCUCCUAGUUCUAAAAAUAGACAGAAGGAUGGACGACGCACCGCUUGCGGAAGAAUGGACCCAUCUACCAUUCUCCUCUCCAUUUGACGAACCUCUAACGUUAUGGCUUACAGGAUGUCUCAGUACCCAGUAGCUCAAAAAUCGAAAAGUAUCUAUUUUGAAUUUGAAAUCAUAAUCAUCACAAGAGGACUAUGUAUUAAAAUCAACACGCCUGGAGAACUAGAACUACAUCUGCUACGUAGUUGAAUCCUGCACCCGCAGGGAAGAUACAGCUAAAAAACUUUAACUUUCCUGUGAUUGUGAAUGACGAAUGUCAACAUAGCUUAUGCCUUCUUCUAGUCCUCACUGUCACUCUACUUUCAUCCCCAGAAAUCGAGAAGGAUCGUGGCGGCGAUCUUUUUAGCGAAGCUGCGGAAGUUGCAUCAGCGCGUUAUCAGUCUAACCGGGAUAUGCUGGGACGCGUUUGGGAUCGGUUUAUGGGUCACUCAAAAGAAAUCCGUGAAGAAUACAGUGCUCUCUUUCGUCCUGGAGCGGUACCUGCUGUAGGUGUAGCAUCUAGAGGAAAAGCUGGAGCAGUAGCCUCCGCCCAAGGCAGUAGAAGUAGUAGUAGAAGUACUGGAGGACGAGUUUAUUCAUAUUUAUUGGGAAUCAACAGCAUGACCAUUGGGAGUCCUGCUGGAAUCACUAGAACUAGAAGUAGAAUGAACGAAAAAUCGACUUCGAGUGAAAUAGAAGGACGAAGAAAUACAUUUCCUGUUGCUAUUAUGGAAAACUCCUCUAGCAGAAGUAGUACUAUCGAAGAUUACGACGAGAAGAACGAGCGCGCAGUUUUGGAGCAAAUAAUGCAUGCCUACGAAAAUAGGCCCAACAAACAGGAGAGCCACCAUUUCGUCAAUCAACCUAUUGACGAGUCUCGCGGCACGGCUCCUAGCUAUGGCGCAAUUAUCACCCGAGAAUAUGGAGUCUUUGUACCCCGCCUGAGGACACUGAGGGUAGCUUCUACUGAAGGAGAUUACGUCACUCAGUCGCACACCAACACCACAGAUACUGGUCGUACACGAAUGAAGUCUUUUUCAAUCGUUUUGUCGAUACUAGCGCCAGCCAGGCGGUCCUUACAACAUAAUGGGGAAGGAUUCGAUGAUUUUCAAUUUACGAAACGAGCAAAAAGCUAUUUCAUGAUGCAUGGCUGUCUUUCCUCAUUAAAGAAGAUCCUUCAUUCUGUAGGUGUAGGCAGGCAGUGGGAGCGGGAGGUGAUGUUAAAUUUAGAAUUUCUAUGAAAGUCCUGGUCCUCUGACUCAAUGAUGAUGUAAAAUUUGAAACCUCGUGUCUAAUGAAAUAAGGAGACUGGUCGCGCGUCGCCGUUUCCGUGGCAUGGUCGCAAUUGCACCCGUGUCUUCCAGUACAUUGGACCCAUCGGGAGAUGGAGGUGGUCCUGGUCCUGUAAACGAAUUUCGUUCGCAACUUUCCGCCAAAGUGAAUCUUCAUGAUGGGCAUGGUGAAGAUUCACUACAACACGAACAAGCCUCCUCUUCUCAUCAUGCUCCCAAGUUCUCACUCUCUUCGGAAUCGAAAUCGAUGACCACUCACGAAGCAGACCCAGACCAUGACGAGGAUUAUAUCAAUAAUGUCGCGAUAGAAAAGAGCAGCUCUGCACGUUUGACCAAAUUUCAAAUUAGGUUUUCCUUCCAGCCUGUCAAUCAGCCACAUAGCCAAGGAAGAAGCAGUACAUCUUCAGCUGCAAGCGCAUCUUCUAGUAAAAGAAGUGGAUCAAGUUCUACUGACAUCUCAGCUUCAUUUUUACGGCUUCCUUUGAUUCAUCUUGGGGAGCAUCUUGGAGCCUUUAUUUUUUCCUAAAGGGAAACAAAGCACGCCAAAGAUGCUCUCCCAGAUGAGUCACGUCAAGCGCUAACAUUUGCAAGUACAACUUCUUCAGGUGGGGCUUCGUCCUCCAGGACAGCUUCUUCAAGUGCAGGUCCAUUUCCUGCCUCUUCAGCUCGGGAACAAAAUAUUGAACCUGAAAAUGCCUAUCAAGUGAACGCUAUUACUAUCGAGUUAGCUGCAGAGUUCGACGACCCUCGUUUACGGCCUUGGGCGUGGCAGAUUGACUUAUUCGAUAGAGACCGAUACGUACGUGAGCCAUUCGAUUUUCCGUAGAGGAAGCGUUUGUGUGAAGAAAAUUGGGAUGACAUGACGUGUGGUCUCUUGGAGGAGGUUUUCAUUGAUUUCUUUUGGGAAGUGCGGGGAGAAGUUCAACUGGGUGUCGUGGAGAAAUUGGAAAACCUGUUUUCAUAAAUAAGUAGUUAGAGCAUACGCAUAGCCUUUGCAGCACACAUGUACAUGAAGAUGAACAUGGAGUAGCAAGUAGAAAAAUGCUGAAGUCAUCAACGUCACACGACUUCACCACAAAGAAGAUGCUCAUUCAUCUGAACAUGAAGAACAUAACAUUUGCAUCAAAAAUUUCGAGUAAUCCUGUGAUCAACAUGAGAAAAGAAAACUAGACGAAAAUUGUACCUCGGAGUUUCGUCAAUCCCUCGUUCCCUUGAAGAGAGAGAUUCAACAAGAUCAAGCACAAAGUCUCAUGUAGUAGUGUCGAUCACCAACACCAAGAACUCCAUACUUAAUAGGAGUAAGUAGUCCACGUUAACGUUUUAGUACGACCAAGCUCAAGGUUACGGUCACAUUCACAUAUCAUGAUUCAGCUAAAGUCAACGUAGUCAGGGUCAGAAGAUCUACUUCUUCACACGCAUCAUCGUUCUUG